CAGGAGCCCGCCGCCGCAGGCGCCUGCGCGGUGGCGCGCCGCGGCGCGGCCGAGGAGGGCGCCCCAGACCCGGGGGGCCGCAGUUCCGAGGAGGAGCUGCAGGCCGAGCGGGCCGAGGGAGUCCGCGCGGCGCUCCAAGAAGAGGUCUCGACGGCCUUCGGGGCGGGAGCGGCCUGCGUCCACCUGGUCGGCUCGCACCUCUACGGGGCCGCGCUGCCGCUGGCCGACGUGGACCUGCUGGUGGAGCUCUCCGAGGGCGCCCAGCGGCGGCUGAUGAGCCUCACCGACACGAGCCUCCGCCACGAGGACCGCACUCGCUUGCUCGCGACGCGGGCCCUGAUGAGGCUGCGCCAGCAGCUGGAUGCUGGCGACGCCGCCUCGUGGGGGUCCUCGUACGUCGCGCUGGACGCCCGAAGGCCCAUACUCCGCCUGCAGCGCGCAGGGGUGCCAGUGGACGUGUCCUUCGACCAGAGCCUCGCUGCGCUAUGCAAGAGCGCGCUGCUGGCCGAGUGCGGAGCCCGCGAUGCGCGGCCGCUGCUGCUGGCGAGGCUGGUGCGAGCGUGGGCCCAGGCUCGCGGGCUCUCUGGGCAGCGCCGGGGCUACCUGUCCGGCUACGCGUGGUGCCUCCUGGCGGUGUUCUUCUGCCAGCUCCGCGGGCUCCUGGGCGCCCUCGCGCCUCCGAGCAGGCUGGAGCUCAGCGCCUUCGGCCCCGGCGCGGAGUGCGCGCCGCGGCCGCCCGCGGCGCCGCUGCGGCUCGGCGGCGGGGCCGCGGCCCUCCGGGCGGCGCGGGCGCUGCUGCCCGGCUUCUUCGCCUUCCUCGCCCGAGACUUCGACUGGGCCACCGAGGUG